AUGGCGUACCCAGGCCAAGGCUACGGUCCGGGCGGCGGCGGCUGGCACCCUCAAGGACCUCCUCAGCAUCAAGGCUAUGGCUAUAACCAAGGACCCCCUCAGCAGCAAGGCUAUGGCUAUAACCAAGGACCACCGCAGCACCACUAUCCUCCCCAGCAAGGCUACGGGUACCCUCAACAGCAGCAGUACCAUGCACCACAGCAAUACCAGCAAGGAGGCGGUUACGGCCAAAGAGGGAACGCACCACCUCCACCGCAAGGAGCGCAGCAGUUCGGCCAUGGCGCGCCACAGGGCUACACAUUCCAGUACAGUGCCUGUACCGGACGGCGCAAGGCGCUGCUGAUCGGCAUCAACUACUUUGGCACAAACGCGGAGCUCAAGGGCUGCAUCAACGACACGAGGAACGUCUCGAGCUUCUUGAUGGAGCGUUAUGGAUACAAGCGCGAGGACAUGGUGAUCUUGACGGACGACCAGGCCAACCCGGUAUUGCAGCCCACUAAGCAGAACAUCUUGCGCGCGAUGAACUGGCUGGUCAACAAUGCGCAGCCCAACGAUUCACUGUUCUUGCACUACUCUGGACACGGAGGACAGACAAAGGACCUCGACGGCGACGAAGGGGACGGAUUCGAUGAGGUCAUCUACCCGGUUGACUUCAAACAACGAGGCCAUAUCGUCGAUGACGAGGUUCACGCAAUUGUCGUCAAGCCCCUGUCGCCCGGUGUGCGUCUGACGGCCAUUUUCGACUCCUGCCACUCGGGCUCGAUGAUGGACCUGCCCUACAUUUACUCCACCAAGGGCGUCCUGAAGGAGCCCAACCUGGCCAAGGAAGCCGGCCAGGGGCUGCUUUCGGCCGUCAUGUCCUACGCGCGAGGUGACCUCGGCGGCGUGGCAAGCUCGUUCAUGAGCUUCGCCAAGUCCGCGAUGACCGGCGACAAGGCGCACGAGAAGACGAUUCGGACCAAGACGAGCCCUGCGGAUGUCAUCCUGUGGAGUGGAAGCAAGGACGACCAGACCAGCGCCGACGCGACCAUUGCGUCGCAGGCCACUGGCGCCAUGUCCUGGGCGUUCAUCACUGCGAUCAAGCAGAACCCCAACCAGACGUACCUCGAGCUGCUGAACAGUGUCCGUGAUGUCCUGGAGACCAAGUACACGCAGAAGCCACAGCUCAGCUGCAGCCACCCUCUAGAUGUCAACCUGCGAUUUAUCAUGGGGUUGGGCCGGGUGCUUUCGCUCCGCAUGUAUCUAACAGCUGCUUUGGAAAACGGAAAAGGGCUGGGCUCAUUCACACAAAACAACUGGAAUUUUGACGGACCUCGUCUACACCCGUGGGGCGGCUCGGCCUCCUCGUCGACCAGCAUCUCCUCAGCCGGCAUCAUCAUCAUGCGGACCAUCAUGGCGACGACUAGUAAGAUCUACUAG